UAACCCUUCGGACAAGUGAAAGUUUGAAGCGGCUUGAUGAAGGUCGGAUAGGUAGAGAAAGGGAACUGUUUAAGAUUUAAAGUGGAAAAAUACGAGGGAUUUAAAAUAAGAUCACACGCAAAAAGAAUCAAGUGCAUGGUUCUUGGAAUCCUGUAGAAUCAAACCUUUUGUGAGUAUGGAAAUUUGAUUUCUUGUUUGAAGGCGUUGUUGGUGCGCUAUUUGGGGUCCCAGGUCUGGAUUAUUAAUUUGGAAAGAGCCGAGGAAAUUCACUCUUGAUUGAGGAAGUACAUGAAAGCGGUUCAGUAGUCUCAGUGGGUCAGGAUGGCAGCGUGGGAACUGCAGGAGGCAGCGAGCUGCACAGUCUCGUCACAUCUCCAACCAAAUGCCCUCUUGACUGUCACCAUUACCGAUUUCCAAGGAUCUGAGAAGAAUCCCAACGGAAUAUUGUGGUAAAUUCGGCCGCAACCUGGAAAUAACUGGAUUCGCUUCUGUGUUGGUCUUUCUGAAUACAGAGCUUUUUUGAUUUUUUUAAAAGAUGACAUUAUUUGUGAAUAUAGGCUAUGUUUUUUUCAGCUAUUAUUAUAUAUUAGGUUGGUAAGGAUUAUUUAAAACCACUGCGUUCGCAAUGCUGAGAUGGGAAGUUGGAUUUUUAAUACUGUGGAUAGCCUCGUGUGUAAUUAAGUAUACCACUGCUGAGCCUGUGAAAUGCGCCGUGAAUCUGACUGACACUAGAAUCUCCACGGAUUCCGUCUUCUUCAAAUGGACGAGUGCUGGAAGGUCGUGCAAUUUCAGUGUCAUACACACCUAUAACAAUUCCAGAACUGCAAACUGUGCUCGAACCAUAGGAUACAAUGAUACGUAUGAAUGCGAGGUUAAAAACCUGGAGCCUGGAACCGCAUACGACCUGGGGAUAUUGUCUUCCACGGAUGGAGAGCUGACAAACACCUCACUUCAGACAGAUCCCAUGGAGCCAGAAAACUUUAAGAUCAAUCAGGAGACCCACAGCAGCACUAGCCUGCAAGUGCAGUGGACAGCAUCUCCCGGCCAUGUGGGCUGGUAUAACGUCAGUCUGCUGGGCACAGACACAGGCCAGGAGCAGAGUGUACAGGUCCCAGGGGGCGCCUCCACAGAGGCCACAUUCACCAGCCUGAUGUCUGGCAGCCGCUACACUGCGAGCAUAACUGCUGUGGCUGGACACAAGACCUCGGCUGCCCUCCGCACUGCCGGAGCUACAGUUCCCUGUGCCGUGCAGAAUCUCCAGCUCUCCAGAGUCACAGGCGGCCUGUCUGCUUCUUGGCAGCACGGUUUGGGGAAGGUGGACAGAUACAGAGUGCUGCUGAAGGAUGACAAGAGUGUGAUUCUGAACCUGACUCUGGAGAGUAGUGCCACCACCUAUACCUUCCCAGGACUGAUCCCGGGACACCUCUAUAAUCUCACUGUAAUCACAGAGGCCUCGGGACUGCACAAUGAAUCCUUCAAACUGGCCAGGACAGCCCCAGCUAAAGUCUCAGAUCUGAAAGUCUCAAACAAUGGUAGCCUGGAUACCUUAACUGCUACCUGGAGCAGAGCCGCAGGAGAUGUGGAGUCCUACACCGCAACGCUGUCGGACAACAGUGCAGCCCCACAAGGGAGGAGCUUGCCUCCAGGCACCUCCCAAGCUGUGUUCAGUGGCUUAGUAUCUGGGCGCCUUUAUCAAGUCACUGUUAGCACCAGAAGCGGUGAAUUACAGAGUGAGGCAGUGGCUACAGGCAGAACUGUCCCUCAGAAAGUUUCCCAGUUGGAGCUGCGGGCUCUUCCGGGCUGGCAGAAUGCUCUGAGAGUGACGUGGGCUCCCCCUGCUGGUGAAUGGGAGCGCUACCGCAUUCUGCUGCUCAACAACUCCGUUGCCAUAGUUAACAGCACAGUGGACAAGAACACAAGACAGUACGAGAUCAGAAACUUGGACCUCAUCCCGGGGCGGCUCUACCAGGCAGCGGUUAUUGUGGAGAGUGGAGACCUGAAGAGCAUUGCUAAGUGUGAAGGCAGAACAGCACCCCACCCUGUCCUGCAGCUCAGUGUCAAGCAUGCUGACGAGACGUCUCUGAGCGUGACGUGGGCCGCCCCCAGAGCAGAGUGGGACGGGUACCUGGCCACCCUGAAGCACAGGGACAGCACGGUGACAGAAACAAAUCUACAGAAACACCUGAAGGAGUACACCUUCAGUGAUUUGAUACCGGGAAGGAAAUACACAGUCCUUGUGACAACCAACAGCGGGGAUCUGAGCAAUGGAACAACAGUGGAGGGGAGAACAGUUCCAUCUCAAGUCACCAACCUGACCAUCAGCAACCAGGGCACGACGGACAGCCUGCACGCCACGUGGGCACGGGCACGGGGCGACAUCGAGUCCUACCGGGUCCUGCUCAUCCAUGAGAGCAUCGUCAUCAAGAACGAGAGCGUGUCGGCGGACACCGUCGGCUACCACUUCCACUCCCUCAAGCCAGGCAGCCUCUACAGGGUGGUCGUCACUACUGUCAGCGGGGUCAUCCCCUCUCGGCAGACUGUGGCAGAGGGGAGGACAGUUCCCUCUGCGGUGGGUGAAGUCACAGUGAGUAACAAUGGGAGGACUGAUUUCCUCAGUGUCUCGUGGCGGCAGGCCUCUGGGGAUGUGGAUAGUUACCUGGUGACCCUGAGCCACCGCGAGAGAGCAGUGCACGCUGUCACGGUGUCUAAAACCAACAGCAAGUGUGACUUCAGCUCCCUGAUCCCGGGGCACCUCUACAACAUCUCCAUCACCACGCGCAGCGGGAUCUAUGAGAACCACACCUUCGUGCAGGAGCGCACUCGGCCUUCCAAGGUACAGUAUUUGAGAGCCAGCAACUCUGCGAGAAGCGACUACCUCAUAGUGUCCUGGCACAACGCGACAGGGGACUUCGACAAUUACCAAGUGAUCAUUAAGAGCAGCAGCGACUUCAUUCGGACCACCACCAUCCCCAAGUCUCAGAACGAGUGUGUGUUCCACUCCCUGGUCCCUGGGAGACUGUACAUCAUCACUGUCAGCAAGAGAAGCGGGAAGUACGAGGCCAGCGAAACAACCAACGCACGAACGUUCCCAGCCGCAGUGAGGAUGUUGACUCUGGCAGACAGGCACACCGAGGAUCUGCGGGUCACCUGGUCCCCUGCUCCCGGCGACGUGGAUCGAUACGAGAUCCAGCUCCUCUUCAACGACAUGACGGUGUUCCCUUCUAUAACGCUGAGCAACACUGCCAGGGAGUACCAGUUCACCUCACUCACGCCGGGGCGGCUCUACAAGAUCGUGGUGCUGUCGUUCAGCGGGGAUCAGCAGCGCUCAGAGUUCGUUGAAGGUCGUACAGUCCCCAGCAUGGUGAAGAACAUCCUAGUCUCCAACAAUGGGGAGAUGAACAGUCUGAAGAUCAACUGGACGCCCGGGGGAGGGGAUGUAGACAGCUACACUGUGACCCUCUUCCAGCAGAGCCGGAUGGUCUCCUCACACACCGUCCCCAAGCCGGUGCUUGAGCACAGCUUCCACCAGCUGGAGGCUGGCGAGCUGUACAACAUCAUGGUCCAGUCCAACAGCGGCCACCUGCACAACAACAACACGGCCACUGGGAGGACUGUUCCAGCCCCUGUGACGGGCCUGUUCGCUGAUAACAAGCACACCAGCUGCAGCCUGGUUGUGAGCUGGCAGGCUGCUGCAGGGGUGGCGGAGGGAUACAAGCUGGAGCUGCUCAACGAGGAAAAAAGCCUCAUCGCCAGCAGUUCAGUGCUUGCCUCUGCACGGCAGCACAGGUUCAAUGAGCUGACCCCUGGCAAGAAGUACAAGGUCCGAGUGAUCACUGUCAGUGGUAUGCUGUACAGCAAGGGGGCGCUCACCGAAGGAAGAACAGUCCCAGCAGCAGUCAGUGCGUUAAUGAUCACCGGGAACAGCACAGAGAGCUUGUCUUUCGGCUGGGAGACCUCCGAGGGACAGUUCGAGGCCUACGAAAUAUUCCUGUACAACCCCGAUGACACCCUUCACGACCGCAAACCUGGGACAGCCAGCCUGAGGCAGUGCUCAUUCCAUGGGCUGCUGCCAGGGAGGAUGUACAAGAUGGCUAUCGUGACGCGCAGCGGGAAUCUGACCAACGAGACCUCCACUCAUGGAAGGACAGUCCCGGCCCCAGUGACCGCACUGCAUGCUCUGAACAAAAACCAGAGCGACAGCCUGUGGUUUACCUGGAACCAGGCUGCAGGAGACCUUUCUGGAUACGAGCUAUCCCUGCACAACCCUAACGGAACAUUGCAGGACAAGCGCGACGGCAAUGAAGCCCUGCGAGAGUGCCUGUUCCAGCACCUGAUCCCAGGGAGGCUCUACAGUUUGGUCAUAGCCACCAAGAGCGGCUAUCUCACCAACAAAGCCACCGCAGAGGGAAGGACAGCCCCACGGCCGCCCAAGUCCAUAUCGUUUGCGGACGUCACAAACACGUCCCUGGAGAUCUCGUGGACGGACCCUGAAGACACCGAAUAUGAGGACUUUGAGCUGCAGUGGUCUCCCCAGGAUCCCCUCUCCGUGAUCAACCCUUACCAGAUCGGCAGGUCCGGGAGCCGCAUCCUCCGAGGGCUCUACCCGGGGCGGCUCUACAACGUCAGCGUGCGCACAGUCAGCGGGACCCCCCUGACAAACAGGGCCUACAGCCAGCCCAUCUACGAAGCCAUACGAACAAAACCCGAGCGCAUUCAGCACAUCCACUGCCGGCCCCAGAACUCCACGGCCAUCUCCUGCUCCUGGAGCCCCCCUCAGUCAGACUACGACGGCUACAGCAUCGAGUGCUACCACCAGGGCUCCCGCGAGCUGGUGUACUCCCGCCGCACCGGCAAGGACAGCUCGCCUUACAACAUCGCCAAGCUGGAGCCGCACAAGCGCUACAUCGUCUCCGUCAAGGUGCUGUCCGACAAGAUGGUCAGCAGAGCAGCGGAAGACAGCGUAAUAACCAUGAUUGACCGUCCUCCCCUCCCACCGGACAACAUGCGAGUGAAUGAAAAGGCGGUGAAGAUCACCAAGUCCACGAUCUUCUUCAAGUUUAACUGCAGCUGGUUCAGCGACGUCAACGGGGCAGUGAAGUACUUCACUGUGAUAGUGAGCGAGGCAGACGGCGUUGAACAGGUACAGCUGGAUCAGCACCACCCCUUGCCUUCGUACACAGACUACAAGCUCAACGCUUCCAUUAAAGCCUACCAGACCAAUUACUUUGCCAGCCGCUGUGCUGAAAACCCUGACAACAGCAUCCAGAGCUUCGAGAUAGAUGUGGGGGCGGGGCUGGAGAGCCUCGGAGGGAAGUGCGAGCCAGAGCAGCAGAGGUUCUGUGACGGGCCACUCAAGCCCAGGACUGCCUACAGGAUCAGCAUUCGAGCAUUCACACAGCUUUUUGACGGGGAUCAAAAGGAAUUCGCCCAGCCCCUUUUUACAGACACCCAUUUCUCUGAGCCCAUAACCACUGAGUCAGAGCCGCUAAUAGGCGUUGUAGAGGGGAUCAGCGCUGGCUUGUUCCUGAUUGUGAUGAUGAUUGGUGUGUCUGUUCUGUUGAUUUGCCGUCAAAAAGCGAGGAAAAUAAAUAUGCAAGAAAGGCCGAGAAUGAGUGCCCGUAGAGAGAGACCAGCGUCGGUCAGUAUGCACGUGGGAGUGAAAGGUAAUCGACGCAUCUCAAGCCCCAUCACAAUCUCCCAGUUUGAAAGCCACUUCACCAAACUGCAGGCUGAUUCCAACUACCUUCUCUCAGCGGAGUACGAGGAGCUAAAAGAUGUUGGUCGAAACCAAUCCCUUGACACAGCACUUUUACCUGAGAACAGAGGGAAAAAUCGAUACAACAAUAUACUGCCCUACGACACAACCCGGGUGAAACUUUCCUACGUGGAUGACGAUCCCUGCUCUGACUACAUCAACGCCAGUUACGUUCCUGGCUGCAACUCCCGAAGAGAGUACAUCGCCACACAGGGGCCUCUGCCCGGCACAAAAGAUGACUUCUGGAAAAUGGUGUGGGAGCAAAAUGUCCACAAUAUUGUCAUGGUGACCCAGUGUUUAGAGAAGGGAAGGGUGAAGUGUGAUCACUACUGGCCUUUCGAUCAGGAUCCCUUGUAUUACGGAGAUCUCAUCGUCCAGAUGUUAUCGGAGUCUGUCUUGCCCGAGUGGACCAUCCGCGAGUUCAAGAUCUGCAGUGAGGACCAGGUGAAUGUCAGCAGGGUGGUUCGUCAUUUCCACUACACGGUGUGGCCGGAUCACGGCGUCCCUGAAACUACCCAGUCUCUGAUCCAGUUUGUCCGGACUGUGAGGGAUUACAUCAACCGCACCCCGGGCUCUGGAGCUACUGUGGUGCACUGCAGCGCCGGUGUAGGAAGGACAGGCACGUUCAUCUCCUUGGACAGGGUCCUGCAGCAGCUCGACUCCAAGGAUACCGUGGAUAUUUAUGGGUCCGUCUCUGAGCUGAGACUUCACAGAGCUCACAUGGUGCAGACGGAGUGCCAGUAUGCAUAUUUACACCAGUGCGUCAGAGAUGUCUUGAGAGCAAGGAAACUACGCAACGACCAGGAAAACACGUUGUAUCCCAUCUAUGAGAAUGUCAAUCCUGAGUAUCACAGAGACAUGGUGUAUGCAAGACGUUAAGGAAUGGACAGCCAGCCUCCCUUUUGAAUCAAACCCAAUCCACACACUUCAGGCAAUUGGUUUUUUUUUUAUUUUUUUUUUACAAUGUGUAUAGAUUGUUAUUUGCCUGGUGGUCUUUAUAAAGUUCAGGUUAUUUAAGUUUAAUAGAGAUUAUUGUAUAUACUUGCAUAAAUGGAAUAUAGAUUUAUGUAAAUAUGUAUUUUUUCAUAUUGAUAAUGGCCUUUGGAUAUUACUUUCAUACUGAAGUUGUGUUUACUGUACCAAAUAAGCUAUUAUAAUAUUUUGUACAUAAUUGUUAGAGCUUCCGAGAACGAUGGCUAAAGGCACUUAUAUUAGGUUAUUCUGUGGCUUUAAAUGCUGGUCCUUUCAUUUUAUAAAAUAAUACAAUUGCUAUUCCUGUGUGGGGAACUCUUUUGUCAUCGCAGCAGGUUCUGAAAAGGGAAGUGAUGAACGAACGAUCGUGAGUUUGUUGUUUGUCUGUUAAAACAUCUAAAACGUCAGGGAGGGUUAUAUUUUUGGUAUUUUAAUAUAUUUAGAUCUGCCACUGCAGGAUGAUUAAAAACCCUAGCAUUUAAAAUUUAGAAUUGUAACAGCUCAUUUAGCAUUUAGAAGUGUAACAGCUCUAUGUGUUGUCUGUGUUCUCGCACGUUGACUUUAAUAGGACAGAAAACAACCCUUUUCACUGCUGAAGAAUGCACCUGUGGGAGGUUUUCAGUCCCACAGCUUCACACAGAAAAGGCUCUUAUUUUGCUUGAUUGGCCGAAUAAUCACAUUCGAUUUCCCCAUUUCGGAUUUCAUGCCAGACACCCGAUGGAUUUAGCUAUUAAAUUACCCGCGUGUUUCGAAUGGGUGAAGAAAACACUUUAUAUUACCCCUGUUGAAAUCAUAUUAUUGAAAAUAAUGCGGCUAAGCCAUUUACUGUUACCCUUAUUACUGUUACCCUUUUCCAAAAUGCAUUUCAGAUGAAUUCACUGCAUAUAUAAUCCCCCAAUGUUGAACCUGCAGACAGAACCAGAUUUAUAUCUUUGUCAGAGGAGAGACUGGGAUUACUCCCUGCUAGAUUUUCUGGGGAAUAGAUCACAGAACAGUACUUUUCCAUUAUUUUCUGGCGGUUUUUUCUUUCUAUUUGAAAUGUAAUUAGGAUGGCCCAUGUGAAGCUGUGUGGUAAAUUCCUGAAACUUUGUACUUUUUUUUUUUUUUUCAUUAAGUGUGUCAUCCACAAAUCUUCAGGAGGAUUGUAAUGCUUUCUUUAAUCUCAGUGAGAUUCAGGAUAUCAAACACAACACAACUAUCACAUGAGCAAAGCAUGAUGGUUAAACCUGUGUAGAUGAGCAAUUUAAGAGCCUGCAUUAAAAUAUAAAAUCUCAUGAGCAUAAAGGCUGGUAAACAGCCAUACACUAAAUAUGUAAACAACUCUGAUUCUCUUGAAGAAGAUGUUGCAUACGGUAAAUAAAACACAGGAGACAACAGAGGCAUUCAGGACUGAGUUCUAAACACCUCACAGAAAUUCUUUAAGACCACAUUUACUGUAUUGAGGGCGUAGAUGUUAAUGUCUAGCUUUUUCUUUAACAGUUGUGAGCACUUAAAUAAAUCAUUAUUCCUUAUCUGUUUUGUUGUCUUCAAGCUCUAGCAAUUAUGUUACUUUUAAAGAGAAAGUGUAAUAUGCAGUUUUAAUGUAAUCAAUUAUGUAGCCAUGUGUAUCGGCUGGUAUCAGCUUUUUACAGAGUUAUAUAAACUAUAUGUUUUUAAACACAAAGUAAUGUAUUUUCAAUAAAGAUAUGAUGAAUGAUAUCAUGCUUACCAUCUCAGAAAAAAAAAAUUACUGAAUGCUGUAAAAUGUGUUUCUCUGAAGAGUAAUACUUUAAAUAUCUGUGGGUUUAGUAUAUACAGCAACACACGCACACAAAAUGCACAGAUAUUUAAAUGAAAUAUAAUACAGUUUGGGGGAAAUAUGACGUGUACUACGAGUGUAAUCUUAGCAUAUCUGUAGCAUACAAUUUUGGACACUGUCUACUUAUAAGGGUAUUUGCACAGACAUAGAUUAAUACUAAUCUGGGACUACCUUCAUAUACAUUAGGUAGGUUUCAUAAGACUGUUAUUUUUUGGUUUUACCAAACCUUAACCAAUUCCACUUGAACCAGUUCCAUUUGGAGAUUUCUUUUUCCACCAAGGAACUGAACAUAAAUAUUAUUUUGCCUGUCUUCAAGUAAAGUUACUGAAUGUAGCAUUAGAAUGUAAAGCUGGACUCCUGUUUUGUGUUUGCCUUGAAAUUGUAAUAUGUUAAAAUGUUGCCUUUGCAGAUAUACACUGUCUUGUUAAAACAUACAUUUUAUGUCGUAUUUAGGAGGCUUCCACAUGGUUUCCUGUUAAAACAAUCUAUGUAUGUUACAUAAUAAAUAAUAUUAAUAUUAUCCUUGAUAUGUUCUGUGAAUAUAUUCAAAUAAAGCUCAGAAAAUGA